AAAAACCAAAAAUGUUUGGGUUCAAACGCUCUUCAGUGCAACUGGUGGUGAUGCUAGCCUGGCUCCUGCGAUAUUACACCUUCGGCUCUAUAUUCUUAUGGUCUAUUUUCGCUUGUGGGCUGAGCUUGGCCGUGGUCCUGGCCAUCACGACUUAUGACCAUGACUAUUGGACUAAAAGGGGAGUGUUUUCGCCCCCAGCGUGGCCUGUAGUGGGCCAUAUAUUGUCUGUGGUGAUGUUCAAGGAGCAAGGAGGCAUGUGCUUUAAAAGGAUCUAUGAUACGUAUAAGGAUAAGAGAUUUUUAGGCUGCCACCAGUUCUACCAGCGUACUCUAGUAGUCCGAGACCCGGAGCUGAUCCGAAGAGUGUGCGUCAACGACUUCCAGCACUUCACGGAUCGAGGGUUCUUCUUCAACAAGGAUGUGGACCCGUUAGCAGGGUCCGUGCUGUUCUUGAGGGGAAACGAGUGGAAGAGGCUCAGGGCUAAGAUAUCGCCUAUUUUCUCACCAAACAAACUCCGAGGCAUGUUCCCACUAAUAGAAAACACAGCUGAAGAAUUCGUAACACGCGUCAAAGACUUACUGUCACAGUCUAACAAAGCUACUCCUAAAAACGCUACUCCUAAAAAUGGCACGAUCAAACCAGUGGAAAAAUCAAAUGGUAUUGGAAGUAUGUCUUCUGUGGUGGACUCUGAGAAGCUAGUGGGAGGUUAUACUGCUGAUGCCAUAGUGCCCUGUGCGUUUGGACUUAAGAGCAAUGUUAUGUACAAUGAGGAUGAUCCGUUUGCAGUGGCGCUGCACGCCUUCUAUGAAAUGUCGCUGUUCAAUAUUUUUGAGAAAACGAUGCGUCAAUUUUGGCCGGCUUUCGUACUGUUCUUUCGCAUGAGAAUAAUACCUAAGAAAACGCACGAUUUCUUCUACAACAUCGUCACCAGCGUGCUGAGGGCACGGGAAGAGGGCGUUCAAGAGAAACGCGGAGAUUUCAUCGAUAUGAUGAUGGCGCUGAGAAACGAUGAGACCAACAAUAACUGCAAGAAGGAUCAAGAAGAUGUGGAAAUAACCGACAUGGUAAUAUCAGCAAAUGCCUUCAUCAUCUUCCUCGGCGGCUUCGAGACCACCUCCUCGACCCUCGCGUUCCUGUUCCUCGAGCUGGCUGCCAACCAGGACGUGCAGGAGAAGCUCAGGAGUGAGAUCAGGGAGGUGUUAGCACGGCAUGACGGAAGGAUCAGCUAUGAACUGCUGCAGGAACUGGGGUAUAUGGAGAUGGUGAUUCAAGAAACCCUCCGCCUGUACCCUCCAUUCCCGAGCAUCCAGCGCAUGUGUACCAAAGACUACGUGAUUCCCGACACCAACACGGUCGUGGAGAGAGGCACCAUCGUGCUCUUCCCUACCCUGGGGAUACAGAGGGACGAACAGUACUUCGAGAACGCAUCAGCCUUCAUUCCUGAGCGCUGGUCCGAAGGUUCUCCACAACCGCCUCCAGGGGUCUACAUGCCGUUUGGAGACGGACCUCGGUAUUGUAUAGGCAAAAGGUUCGCUUUAAUACAAAUGAAGUGCUGCCUCGUGCGUCUCCUGCAACACAUUCGCAUCACGCCGGCGCCGCGCCUCAGGCCGGGUGACAGCAUGGCGCCCGCGCCGGGGCCGCGCCUCGAGCCGUUCACCGCCGACCCGCGCUCCCCGCUCACCUUACACCCCGCUGACUCCCUAGUCACGCUCAGCCUUUUAUGACGAACUUUAAGCUGACUGUAAGUUUAAGAAUGCUUAGUGAGAAAAAAAAAUAUUGUAAAAUAUUGAGUGACUGAAAAAUGAUUGCUAAAACUGGCAUUAAGUGAGUGACCAUUUUUUGCCACAAAUUUUUCAAUACAUUAAAAAAAAAACAUAUUGUGACGUAUGCUUUCUCGAAUAUAAGGUACUGACAAUUACCUAUUGUUGCUAUUUUAAAUUAAAAAUACGAUAGAGCUGGGUAGUAGUCAAAGUUGACCAAACUUUGUAAAAAGCCCUAUAUGGCUUCGUGGGUCAAAUAAAACUGUUCUUUGCCAUUGAUUGUACGGCAUUUUAGAAUAAGAAUAUUAUAACAGUAAAUAAUCAUAAGUUUAAUUUAGUUAUAUUUCUGUAAAUAAACUGCUUUACUUGAAUUGAACAAA